CAUAAAAUAAAACCAUUUACCCGAACCACUAGUCUUGAGUCGCCUCGUUAAGGUGACGACAAAUGCAUCAUUUAAGUCUUCGGCAUUGGCCUCAGCCUCAAACUCCUCUUACUUUUUCCUACUCGCCACCACGCCCAAACCCAGAGCACACCUUAUUCGUUCACCAACGCCAGCGCCAGCGCCAACGCCUGCCUUCCCAGCUACGACGCCGUUUAGCCACCUUUCACCUUUCUGGGUCCCACGUCCCCAGACGAUCCAGAUUGUCAGACGAGGACUCCCUUAUUAUAAAUACCAAUCGCAACAAGCCGCUCUCUUCUCCUUUCCCUCAUCUUCUUCUUUGUCUGCGUUCCUCCAAUCUCUCAAACCCCUUUUCCUUCUCUGCGUCUCAGUCUCAGUCUGACUCUCCGAUGUCGAUGAACGAGAUGGAGCCCCUCACCUCCGGGGCCAGCAACCGCAUAAUUCCGAUUCUCAAGGCGUUGAGGUCAGCGUUCCUGUUUGUUCACACCUUCUUUGUCUCUAUCCUCCUUCUGAUCCUCCCUCGCCGCCGUCGCCGCCAUGCGCCGCUAUCUCUCUCCGAUAAGCCUCCGUCAGAGAAGUGGAAGGCAUCGGUCUGGAGGAGGAGGGAGGUCGAGGAUACCUUGAGGAGGAGGUCCUUGGCUGAAGGAUUGGACAUGAGUUUUGAUUCUGGGAACGAGGAAGGCCGUUGCCGCUGGAACUCGUCGUUGUUCUUUGGUGUUAGACGGAACGCCCUCUUUUGCCGGUCUUGGGUCCCGGUUUCCGGUGAUAUGAAGGGUAUAUUGAUCAUCAUACACGGCCUUAAUGAGCAUAGUGGAAGAUACGUUCAGUUUGCAAAGCAACUAAACUCAUGCAACUUUGGGGUCUAUGCAAUGGAUUGGAUAGGUCAUGGUGGGAGUGAUGGAUUGCACGGCUAUGUUCCUUCACUUGACCAUGUUGUUGCUGAUACUGGGGCUUUCUUGGAAAAGAUUAAAUCUGAGAACCCUGGAGUACCAUGCUUCCUUUUUGGUCAUUCCACUGGCGGGGCUGUAGUUUUGAAGGCGGCCUCCUACCCACACAUUGAAGAAAUGGUCGAGGGUAUUGUACUAACGUCACCUGCUUUGCGUGUUAAGCCAGCUCAUCCAAUUGUUGUGGCAGUGGCACCAAUUUUCUCGCUUGUUGUUCCCAAGUUCCAAUUUAAAGGUGCUAACAAAAGAGGCAUUCCGGUCUCUAGGGAUCCUGCUGCUUUGUUGGCAAAGUACUCUGAUCCACUAGUCUACACUGGGCCAAUAAGGGUCCGCACAGGGCAUGAAAUACUGCGCAUCUCAUCCCAUUUAAUGAGAAAUUUCAAGAAUGUCACUGUACCAUUCUUUGUUCUUCAUGGAACAGCUGAUACAGUCACUGAUCCUAUAGCCUCCCAGGAUCUCUACAAUGAGGCUGCAUCGAAUUUCAAGGACAUAAAGCUGUAUGACGGUUUCUUGCAUGAUCUUCUCUUUGAGCCUGAAUGGGAAGACAUUGGUCAGGAUAUCAUAAACUGGAUGGAGAAGAAACUGAUGUUGCCUUGAUAAAAAAGUGGCACCAAUCUUUGGUGAAGGUGAAUUUUCCUUACUCUCUUUCUUCUACUUUCUAAGAAAGUUGGAGAGGACAAUCCACGUGCAGGGAAGCAGAAGCUGGGUAGGCUGUAUACAUAUCUAUAUCUAUAUUUAUAUAUAUAUAUAAAAGAAAAACAUAUAUUCAAUGAAAUCUGUAGUUAAGAAAACAUUUUUCAUGGUGUCUUUUGGUUUCGUAGAAAUGAUUCCCGUAGUAAAUUCCAGGAAAUUGGUACUUGUAUGGUUAUAUAAUGUAGUGAAAAAAAAAAAAUCAAACUGUGGAAUCUUACGUGA